AUGGUAUGCAAAUACACUUUUGAAAUUAGUCAGUUCGAAGCAGCCAGCACUGCAUGCGGUGAUUGUCCAUUCAAUUUGACGGACUGUGAUCGGAAAAACUGCAUAAUAGCAGAUGGAGUCCCACGGUUGAUAAUACCUGUCGAACGAAGUAUGCCUGGACCAACAAUUCAUGUCUGCAAGGGUGAUACGAUUGUAGUGGACGUCGAGAAUCAUUUGACUACGGAAACGUUUACAAUGCAUUGGCACGGUAUCAUUCACACCUUCACUCAGUACAUGGACGGUGUUCCACACGCAACUCAGUGCCCUAUUUCACCGGGGAACAUCUUUCGUUACACCUUCCCAGCUUACGAGGAGGGAACAUUUUUCUAUCAUCCUCAUGUUGGAACUCAAGUUAUGGAGGGUUGCCUAGGUGGUUUGAUUAUUAGACUACCGGAUUCAGAGAAUCCUCACAGAAAACUGUACGACUUUGAUCUUUACGAACAUUUCAUUGCUCUCCAGGAUUGGUCACAUUUAUAUGGAGAAGACCAUUACGCAAGAGCAAUCUUUGGAAGCGCUGUUCCAUUACCAGACAGUAUCCUCAUAAACGGUCGUGGACCCAUCUUUUCACAGAUUCAGUUACUUGAUGUAAGAGGAAACGUGAAUGUGACCAAGGUAAUGCAAAUUCCAUUUGCAGAGUUUACGGUCGAAAAAGGAUACAAAUAUAGAUUUCGUAUACUUAAUGGUGCCUCUUACAGUUGUCCUUUGUCUUUGUCUAUUGACAACCACACAAUGACAAUCAUUAGCACAGAUGGUGCGGAUGUGGAGCCUGUUGAAGUGGACCAGAUGGUCACCAAUGACGCGGAACGGUAUGACAUUAUCUUGAAUGCGAAUCAAGAUGUUGCCAACUAUUGGAUUCGUGUUAAGGGAAUUGAUAAUUGCGAGCCUAUGAUGCUGCAACAACUGGCGAUAUUACGAUAUAAAGGUUCAUCCCCUGGAAACCCAAAGCAACCCAAGGAUUAUGAAUAUCCGCAGAUAAACGGUACACGUUUCGGAAAUGUAAUGGAUUCCGAAGGCACCAUCAUCAAAGUAUCAGACUUACGUUCUUUACUUCCACUGGAAGAAGGAAUUGGUACUGACAAUCCAGAUUACAAGUAUUAUGUUGAUAUUUCCAUGAGAACCCUCUUCAAUCCAACACUGUCACCAUAUCCAGACAACAGACCAGUAAUAAACGCACAGCUGAAUAAUAUUACGGCACGUUUGCUUCCGGGAAGUCUACUAACUGAACCAAAUCUUCCUGAAGACAAUGCCCUAAUGUGCAAUGAGACGACACAUGGAAACAAGAACUGUUCAACCGAGCUAUGCAGAUGUGUACAUAUAAUCAACGUUAGACGGAAUGCCAUAUUGGAAGUUAUCAUGUAUAAUACAGGGUUUGAUACUGUUCGUUUUGAGCAUCCAAUGCAUUAUCAUGGAUAUACAUUUCGCGUUGUUGCAAUGGAGAAAACUUCACGUAUAACAAAGGAACAGCUGAUGGAUAUGGACAGGAGAGGUGAGAUCAAGCGAAAUUUCAACAAGCCGACCCGUAAGGAUACUGUUAUUGUAUAUACGCCCGGCUAUACCAUUUGGCGAGUAAAUACUUCAAAUCCUGGAAUUUGGCUCCUACAUUGCCAUCAGCAAUUCCAUUUGACAAUGGGAAUGAGUUCUUUUAUUAAAGUUGGAGAGUAUUCUGAUUUACCACCUAUACCAGCGGGAAUACCAACUUGCCAGGAUCAUUUGCCAGUGUAAAAUAAAACAUACAUUUUAAGAAAGUGAA